GGACCGACAGUGAAGGAAGGACUGUUGCUGCUGCUCACACACAUACAUACGAGCUAGCUAGACAGGAUAUAUGUCCGAUUCCGUAAUAAAAAAUGAAAAUGAUCAAUAAUCCUUGUUUCUGUUUCUGUAUAAAUAAAUAACAAAACAGACGAGUGAGUGAAUAGUGUGAUUAAGCUUUUGAGGUUGUUGCGAGAAAUGAGAAUGAAGAAGCUGAUUUUAAUACUCAUAGCAGCAUUUACCUUCGUUUCUGUGGCUAGAUCUGCGGCUGAUCAUUUCUUCGAAAACGAUGGCGUUUCACUGGCAGUUGCAGCAACGCCCGGACCUCCACCUCUCAUGGUCCCCCUCACUCUUAUUCAGGGAGCUGCUUCCAAAGGAGCCGUCUGUUUGGAUGGAACAUUGCCUGGUUACCACUUUCAUCCUGGAUUUGGAUCUGGGGCAAAUAGUUGGCUCAUUCAAUUGGAGGGAGGAGGAUGGUGUAAUACCAUCAGAAGUUGUGUCUUUAGAAAAACUACUCGUCGUGGUUCCUCAAAAUACAUGGAAAAACAACUAGCAUUCACAGGGAUAUUGAGCAAUAAAGCUGAAGAAAACCCUGAUUUCUUUAACUGGAACAGAGUUAUAGUACGUUACUGUGAUGGGGCAUCUUUCAGUGGAGAUAGUCAAAAUGAGGCUGCACAGCUUCAAUUCCGAGGACAAAAAAUAUGGCAAGCUGCAAUGCAGGAAUUAUUGUUCAAGGGAAUGCAGAAGGCCAACCAGGCCCUUUUGUCCGGAUGCUCUGCGGGUGGUCUGGCAUCUAUAAUACAUUGUGAUGAGUUCCGGAGCUUGUUUCCUACAUCUACCAAAGUGAAAUGUUUGAGUGAUGCAGGGUUUUUCCUAGAUGCGGUUGACAUAUCUGGGGGUCACACACUGAGGAAUCUGUUUGGAGGUGUAGUUAAAUUACAGGAGGUGCAAAAAAAUCUGCCAAACAGUUGUCUCAACCAACUGGACCCAACUUCGUGCUUUUUUCCUCAGAAUUUGAUCAACCAUGUUGAAACUCCAUUGUUUCUACUCAAUGCAGCUUAUGAUGCAUGGCAGGUCCAAGAAAGUUUGGCCCCACAUUCAGCAGAUCCCCAUGGCUCUUGGAAUGAUUGUAAAUCAAAUCAUGCACGCUGUAACUCAUCUCAAAUUCAGUUCCUCCAAGACUUCAGAAAUCAAAUGCUAAAUGAUGUGAAAGGCUUCUCAGGGACAUCUCAAACUGGGUUAUUCAUAAAUUCUUGUUUUGCUCAUUGCCAGUCUGAGAGACAAGAUACAUGGUUUGCUGAUGACUCUCCACUAAUUAACAACAUGCCAAUUGCAAUUGCUGUUGGAGACUGGUUUUUUGAUCGGAAAACUGUCAAAGCUAUCGACUGUGCUUACCCCUGUGACAAUACAUGCCAUAAUCUGGUCUUCAAUGCUGUUAAAUCUGCUGUGGUGGACUACCAGUCCACAAGUGAUGAUGACACACCUACCAAUACCAUGACCAUGAUAUAUUCCCGCUCCACAAGGCUGACUUUUAGUAGUGGCCUAUAUAUGCUAAGUAUUUUAUUGCCAUUUACAUGUUCCUAGUGCACUAUGGAUAGUUUCAGCCCAGAAAAGCAAAUGCACUAUAGGCAGGUUCGUUAGUCCCUAUUCAAUCUUCCAUUUAAGCCACUUAUGGUUAUCUGUGUCAGCUAUUAAUUACAGGUCAAGACCUGGAUUCAGCAAUAGAUACUUUAGGACUUGAAGAACCAAUUUGGUUAAGGAAGAACAACCUGUAACUAUGUAGGUACCUCCUCCGAUCUUCUAAAUAUUUUAGCGAAUUGCACAGUUCACUUUGUAAUCUCAAGUUUGUUAUAAUGGAGUUUAAGAAAUGAUUUAGUGAAAUUUGAAUUACAUCAAGGUGCUAUAUAUAAACACAUGCUGUUCAAAAUGAAAUGGUUGGCAUAUUGAGUUGUA